CUAGAGGUCAGGUUCCUUGGGCUGCACCCAGUGGUUCUUUCGGGCGGAGCCUUCCGUGAGCGCGGCUGGAUUUGUCUGUGCCACCGUCUCCCGAGUUUCCAUACAGUCUCCCUUCCCCCCACCGGUGUACGGAGCUCAAGAUGGCGGCCUCCUGGUCGCCCUUGGUUACCCUGCGCUUAGCCCAGAGCCGGCUGAGAGGGAGAUGUUGUUUGGGGUGCCGGGCCUGGGCCGCUGCUCUAGCCCCUCCGGCAGCCACCCCCGGGACCCCUCUGUGGAAAGCCUAUACUGUACAGGCACCUGAAAGUGUGUCCCCAUCUGCUGCUACCGAGGCUUAUUCGAAAGCUUUGGCUGUUUGCCACGGACCACUGGAUCACUAUGAUUUUCUGAUCAAACAUCAGGAACUAAAGGAUGAUGAACAUCAAAGAAAUGUCAUACAGUGUCUGCAAAAAUUGCACGAGGACCUUAAAGGAUACAGUAUCGAAGCAGAAGGCCUUUUUUCAAAGCUUUUUUCAAGGAGCAAACCUCCAAGGGGCCUAUAUGUUUAUGGAGAUGUUGGUACAGGCAAAACAAUGGUGAUGGACAUGUUUUAUGCUUAUGUGGAAACUAAGAAGAAAAAAAGAGUUCACUUUCAUGGUUUUAUGCUCGAUGUGCACAAAAGAAUACAUCGCCUAAAACAGAAUUUACCUAAAAGGAAAGAAGGAUUCAUGGCCAGAGCAUAUGAUCCAAUAGCUCCCAUAGCUGCAGAAAUCAGUGAAGAAGCAUGUCUUUUAUGUUUUGAUGAGUUUCAGGUCACUGACAUUGCUGAUGCCAUGAUUCUGAAACAGCUUUUUGAAAAUCUGUUCAGAAACGGGGUCGUCGUUGUGGCAACAUCCAACAGGCCACCGGAAGACCUCUAUAAAAAUGGACUCCAAAGAGCUAACUUUGUACCAUUCAUAGCUGUGCUGAAGAAAUACUGUAACACGGUCCAGCUAGAUUCUGGGAUAGAUUACCGGAAAAGGGAACUUCCUGCUGCAGGAAAACUCUACUACCUCACAAGUGAAGCUGAUGUGGAGGCUGUCAUGGAUAAGUUGUUUGAUGAGCUGGCUCAGAAACAAAAUGAUUUAACUAGACCAAGGAUUCUAAAAGUGCAAGGCAGAGAGCUACGGCUGAAUAAAGCCUGUGGAACCGUUGCCGACUGCACAUUUGAAGAGCUGUGUGAGAGACCACUUGGAGCCAGUGAUUAUUUGGAAUUAUCAAAGAAUUUUGAUACAGUUAUUUUACGAAACAUUCCACAAUUUACUCUGGCAAAGAGGACUCAAGCUCGAAGAUUUAUAACUCUCAUUGAUAACCUGUAUGAUUUUAAGGUGCGCAUAAUUUGCUCCGCAUCGACUCCCCUCUCCAGCCUAUUUUUGCAUCAACAUCAUGACAGUGAGCUGGAGCAAAGCAGAAUACUGAUGGAUGAUUUGGGGCUGAGCCAGGGCUCUGCAGAAGAACUCUCUAUGUUUACCGGAGAAGAGGAGAUCUUUGCAUUUCAGCGCACUGUUUCCCGACUCACAGAAAUGCAGACUGAACAGUACUGGAAUGAUGGGGACAGAAGCAAGAAGGAACCAUCAGGGCCAGCAUAGAUAUGGGGACAGAUGAUGAGUGCAGGGAGAACGCAUUACUGUGGAACUUGCAAGAAUCAUUUUCUCAUCAUUAAUUAUGCACUUUAUCCUCUGGACCAUUUUUCAGUCUAACAUUACUGUCAAAAAUAUAGUAGAUUCGUAAGUUAACACCACUUUUAUAGAUCUGCUUUUUGCCCACUCACUGGGCCACAUUUCUGCAUCACAGAGUUAAGAUGAACACUCCUGUCACUUUAGCUUCCUCUAAACCAUCAAAUGUACCAUGGCUGGACACCCACAUACUUAUAGAAAGCUCAAGGCGAUGAAACUUGGGCCACAUUAUAGCUGCAUGAGAGAAAUGUAUAAUUGUUGAUAUUAUUUGCAGUGCUGGGGAUCAAGCCCAGGGCCUUACAUGAUGCAAGGCAUGUGCUAUACCACUGAGCUACCUCCGGAGCCCUAGAACCAUUUUUUAUGAGAGGGAAAAAAAUAAACUGUACAUUUCAGUCCAAAAGGAAAGGAAGUGUGUUCAUCAUAUUAGAAAUAAAAAUGAAUUGCAUUUGCUCCUAUGACAUACACUCUCAAUGUAUAAUUUUUUUUCUCUUCUAAUUCCAAAUUAUAAGAAAUCUCCCAGGGCCUCUCAGGCUUCCUCAAGACUCAAGACGGUGGCUUUUCUCCAGCAGGACCUGAUUUCCCGCUUUCAUAGAUCACCUGGAAAAGCCACAAACUCUUAACAUUGCAGAAUUAGGUGCAGGAGUGUCAGACUGCCUUCUCCCAACCCACCCCCUUCUGUGAUGGACUGAUACUAGGAAUGGUGGGGACCAGUGGGAGUGUCCAGAGGGGCAAGAGUCCUGGACUGAGCCAACAGCAGAGUGACCGCCUACUCAGAGCAUCAGUACCCACCUUCGAUGUUGUUGCUCUGCUCACACAGACCCAGUGUCCACAGGAGAGGAAGCUUGGUGGGCCUCCUCAAAGUCCAGUCCCAUUUGUCCAGCACUGAGGGCAUCUCUGCACUCAUUCAAGUACAGCCUGACCGCUGACUCCUCUGGUAGCAGGGACCUUGGCCAAUGACAAGCAUCUGAAUCUCUCUACUGCGGGGCGGGGUGGGAGUGAUGAAAAUAUUCUACAGUGCUGUUGACAAUAAGCAUUUUGGGGAGCGAGGCACAGGUAAGGGAGUGUAGGCAUAUCAUGUAAGGAAGCUCUUAGACUCGAUUUCAUCUGUCAGGUGAUGGCCUGUCCUGCUCGUGUGUUUCAGACAUUCACCGUUUGAGUCAUGCUGAUGAAGGGAUAGAGAGAAAAGUUUCAAUCAAGGCUUCUGAAAAUUAAGUGUGGUUUAAGAAGAACUUCUGUUGACGUGAAACCUCAAAAGGAAGUUUAGUAAGAGGAAGAAAAGGAUGGGGAAUGAUCACUGUGAGGUGAAAGAUUGCUGGACAUUUACAUGAUCCUGGAUAAAAACAUGAAUCCUGGAGCACUAGCAUGAUCACCCUGGUUAUAGAUGUAGGCUUGGAAAUGUCUGUGAAACUCAUUAUAUUACUAUAUUCCAUGCCACCCUACCACUGUAAAAAGAUCAUUAUGUCAUGUUAAAUUAUUACAAAAGAUCAUUGCAUUACUUUUAUAGUGAUUUUUUUAAGUCAGUGAAGAUUAAUUUACAACAUUGCUUUGAACUCAGUAUAUGAAAUGUUUAACUUUAUUUCUUAGUCUUUUGCUUGUAACACUUUGGCUAAUAGGCUGUACCUUAAUAAAAAAUAUGCUUCAGAUGGAGGGAGAGAGGGAUGAGUAGCUGAUUGAUAGAGGACCUGAAUGGCUAUAUAAAAUAAUCCCUCCCCCUCUCACAGUUGAAUAUAAAAGUUCGUUUUGAGGUCAGGUUUUUGGAAUUUGAAUUUCAGCUAUCCAUAUCCAUGUAAUAAUAUGGUCUUGGCUCAGUGCCCAAAAACCAUGGAUUCCUCAGGGUAGCGACCUCAUCAUCUAGGUUUGAAAUGAUGUAAGUCCAUUUAAAAUAAUAGUUUCAGAGCAAAACUGUAGUUCUGCAUCCAGUGAAGAAUUUGCAGCAUGUCCCUGCCCCUGUGCCCUGCCCUUCGCCAUCUCCCCUCGUUCCUGGACCUGGUGGGGUACACAUAGCCCCUUUCACUCAGAGAAGAAGGCUGUAGCAUUGGCCCAGGUGCUAGAUGGGGAGGUGCCUAGAAGUGCUCCCUCUUCAUCUUGUCUCUCCUCUAAAUCUGCUUCAUAAGACAUCUCACAACAAAAGGCAACUGAAGUCUUAACAAAUAGCCAUUCCCAGGAAAUAACAUGGUAGUUACACUAAAAGAAAAUUAACACCAAAAUGAAACAUGAAAUGUGGCCCUGAGGGGAAAUCUACCUUUCAGCCUGUGUUUUGCUUCAGGAUUUGCCCCAUUCCUUUUCAAUCAUCCAGUCUUUCUCCUGGGGCUGCAUGAAAUCUCUCAGAGGAAUUGAGGUCCCCCUCGUGCAAGAGCACCAGGGAAGAAACGGAAAUUUUCCCCGAUAAAGAGAAAGAAAAGCUGUUCACUGCUAUUUAUAAGGCCAAAAAGGUGAUUGUGCUGUUCUAAUCAAACAUAGGCAUUUUCAGUAGCCUUUCAGGUUUCAAUCACAAGGCAGUAUUUUAAUCUUACUGAAGUAUAUUUCUGCUAUCUGAGUAUGCCAAUAACAAUUUACAAAUUACUUGGAAUUCUGAAAAAAAAUUUUUUUAAUUUCACUUAGAAUGUAAAAUGGA